AUGUCUACCAGUGACGAAAAGCAAGUUGGAUAUGUAUAUAGUGAAGAGUACGUGGACUUAUGUUGCAAAAUGCCUCGUCUGGAAGAUAGGGCUAGACUUGUCCAUCACUUAAUCCAGGCUUACAAUCUUGUGGAUAAAAUGAAAGUAGCCAGGCCAAAGCCAGCUAGUAUUGAAGAAAUAUGUGCCUUCCAUUCUAGUGAUUUUGUAAAUACUCUACAGGCAUGUCAUAACUUUGACAUGGAAGAUGAGAUCACAAGUGAAAUGACAGAAUAUGGACUCGGUUAUGACUGUCCCCUCUUUCCCGAUGUAUUCAGUUACGCUUCCUUUGUAACUGGUGGAACUAUUACAGCAGCUAGAUUGCUAACUAGUCGCUGUUGUAGUAUUGCUAUUAACUGGUUUGGUGGGUGGCACCAUGCUAAAAGGGAUAUGGCUUCUGGAUUUUGUUAUUGUAACGAUGUUGUACUAGGAGUUUUGCACUUGAAAACUGUUUUCGACAAGAUUUUAUACAUCGAUCUAGAUUUGCACCAUGGCGAUGGUGUGGAAGAUGCAUUCUUAAUGACUGAUAAAGUUUUCACCUUAUCAUUUCAUAAAUACGCUCCAGGUUUCUUUCCAGGAACUGGUUCAAUUUCUACCAUUGGCAAAGGUAAAGGACAAUACUACACACUAAAUAUUCCAUUAAAAGAUGGUAUCACUGACCAGAAAUACACAGAUUUAUUUCAUGAGGUAUUUACGAAUGUUAUGCAAGCUUUUCAACCGAAUGCGGUUGUAUGCCAAUUUGGUGCUGAUGGAUUAGUAGAAGACCCGAUGCGAUCGUUUAAUUUAACUUCCUUAAGCUUAGGCAAAUGCCUUUCUGAUAUUCUAUCCUAUAAUCUACCUACAUUAUGUUUGGGUGGAGGUGGAUAUAACUUUACAAAUACUGCAAAAUGCUGGUGCUAUUUAACUUCUAUAAUUUUAGAGCAAAAAUUGGAUACACAAAUCCCUGAACAUCAGUUCUUUGAUAGAUAUGGACCGGACUUUGAAUUAUUUCUUUCUCCAUCUAAUCGCUCGGAUACUAACGAGAGUUCUUAUGUAAAAGAAAUUCGUGAAAAGACGCUAGGUUGA